AUGCAUGAUUCCAGGACCGGCGACCGGACACCAAUGCAUUAUACAAUGAAGACUCCUGCACGACACUCUCCUGGCGGGCAGCCUCAUUCUAAUUCUAUUUCUCAUUCUCGUUCAAAUUCGUAUAAUAACAACUCACAAUCCCAUUCUCACUCUCAGUCCCUUCGGCCAACUAAACUGCCAAAAUCUUCGACUCCUCUCGCCUCGCCCCGAAUGCCAUUCCCGGCCGGCCAAAACCACCAGCAACCCACGCUUUCGCCUCGUGUUAUCCCCGAUGCCAGAUCACCAAGUCCCAAUUACUUUGGUCUUCAUGUUGAGUCGGGCACUGACCGGGGAGAUUCCUCUGGGGUUCCCAAGGAAAACUGGAGUCCAUCAUCUUCUGUAAAAUCGUUCCAGGCCGCCAUCCCAAAGCAGGUUUCUCUAGAUGCCAAUCCCGACUACGAGGCGUUCAAGAGGCAGGCAGAUUUUAACAGAGGCAAAUCUUUUGCCCUAUCAACUAGCCAUUAUGCUCAGCCUUCAGCGACGUCAAGUAGCGCUGCACCUGCACGCCCUCGAAAUCCAAGAUGGCACACACAUGGAAGCGAUACUGGCGGACCAUCUCCUUUUUCUCGUGGCCUUAGCUCUGCUAACGUUCGACCUGCGAGUCGGAUGGAUGUCGACCAAGAUAUCAUGCAGGACUCGGCUUAUGUUUCAUCAGAGUCGAAGCGUAACUCAGACUCAUCUGUAUACCACCAUGCCCCUCCGCUCAAUCUCCCCCGAUUCGAAUCUCCUCUACCAAUGGACCCUCCUCAGCAACGCACGAGUUUAACCCGAUCUGAAGACCGUGAUCCCCGGCUAUCAGUGAUGGAGCAUCGGCCUGAGGCGCCCGAUUCUGGACAAAACAAGCGUUCCGCCACGGUACCAGCAACUCUCGAACCUGGACAGCCACACAUGAUUACUGGCCAGCAACUACGAGAUAUGCUUCAUGACGUACCGCAGGAUCGACUACUUAUCCUUGAUCUCCGAUCCUCUCAGAACUACGCCCAGUCCAGGAUUCAAGGUGCUCUUAACCUUUGUAUCCCCACAACCCUUCUGAAGCGCGCUACUUUCAACAUUCAGAAGCUCAAACAGACUUUUCAAAGCAGUUCUGAUUCGGAUAAGUUCGACACUUGGCCAGAUACUGAUUUUAUCGUUGUUUAUGAUGCCCAUGCUUCUGAUAAGCGCGACGCAGUCACCGCCCAGAACAUGAUCAAGAAGUUUACUAGUGAAGGGUAUUCUGGCGGCACAUGCAUUCUCAAGGGCGGGUUCAACGCUAUUCAGCAAAACUUUUCGGACUUGGUCGAUCGCCAAUCGGCAACUGGUCCCCCUGGCAAGCCUAGUCUUGGCCCUGGAGGUAUUGCACCCGUCAUUGGUGGAGUCAUGCUCCCAAAUGCCGGCAAUGAUGUGAACCCGUUCUUCUCGAACAUCAGGCAGAACAUGGAUCUUGCGGAUGGUGUAGGUCAACUAGAUGUUUCGCGACCCACUGCUCUGGACUCGCCUUCGUUGCCUCGAUGGCUUCGAGAGGCUGCCGCACAGCCUGACCAUGGAAAGAAGGUUUCAGACAAGUUCUUACAUAUCGAAGUUGACGAACAGUCUCGAAUGAAGGCGGCGUAUGCAGCCUUUAACCCUCAGAACAAGGACAGACAAAGCCAGGUGCAACUGUGCGGUGUUGAGAAGGGAGUCAAGAACAGAUACAAAGAUAUCUUGCCCUUUGAACAUGCUCGUGUAAAGUUGCAAGAGAAACCUGAAGGCUCAUGUGAUUACAUCAAUGCCAGUCAUCUCAAAGCAUCUCGAAGUAACAAGCAGUAUAUUGCUACACAGGGUCCCCUUCCUGCCACCUUCGAGGACUUUUGGUCUGUUAUUUGGCAGCAAGAUGUGCGUGUGGUAGUCAUGCUGACUGCUGAAUCCGAGGGAGGCCAGCUCAAGUGCCAUCCUUAUUGGAAGGGUAGAGACUUUGGAGCUAUCAGACUCAAGCUUCUGUCCGAAAAGAAGGUGUCCCUGGAUAUCGAUAAGCAUAGGUCCGAAUCCAACCACACUCCAUCAGCCUUGGCCGGCGACCAGGGAAGGAAACGCGCACAAACCACAACUACACUGGAUGCUUCGAACCCAGCGCCUAGGGCAGCACAAGGCGCCGCCGCUGAAGCACCCUUCGUGAUUCUCCGCAAGUUUGCCCUUUCGCACGCAUCCCAUCCAUUUGCGCCAAUUCGGGAAAUUACGCACUUGCAUUUCCCAGCGUGGCCUGACUUUGGCACACCUGCGCAGCCAUCGCACUUGUUGGCGUUGGUUGAGCUGGCCAAUGUUAUGCAGCGUUCUGCCCUACCUGUCGAGACAUCUUCAGUAGUGGGAUCGAAACAUUCGGUAAUGGAGCCACCGCCUAUUACCUGGUACGACGAGCCGGAAGUCGAUUCUCGCGCGCGGCCUAUGUUGGUACAUUGCUCUGCCGGAUGUGGUCGCACUGGAACGUUCUGUACUGUUGACAGUGUCAUUGAUAUGCUGAAGCGUCAGCGACAGGCCAAGAUGAAUUCGAUACAGUCUCGCGAUAAUGACGGAGACGUUUCAAUGGGCGAUAACGGGGAUAAUUCUCCCAAUUCUACGAAGCACUUCAACUUUUUCACUCCUGGUCAAAGGUCGAAUAUGGAGAGGAAAGCGGCUCGAGGGGCUGCAAAUAUUGAUGUCGACUGGUUACACGACGACAGCGUGGACCUGAUUCAGAAGACAGUAGAGGAUUUCCGAGAACAGAGACUCAGUAUGGUACAAAGUCUGAGGCAGUAUGUUCUCUGCUACGAGACAGUUCUUGAAUGGGUAACGAGGAUGAAUGAGCGAGCGUCAAGCGCUCCUAACGGACGACAACGAAGUGGAAGCCUCCGUAAUUGA